GGCGGUUGGUGUUGCUCCGAAUUAAGGCAUCCCCGGUGAAUUUGUGAGAUGGAGAACGGCAAGCUUUGCAAUGAAGAUGAUGAAUUUGUGGCCGUAGAGAUGAAGGAAGAGGUUAGUAAAGAAAUGAAGAGUUGGUUUGUUGGGGUGAUGAAAAUGGACAAGUUGGGAUGGGAUCAAUUCAAAUUAUGGGCAUUAGGAAUCAUCACCAUGAUGAUUCUGUUUUGGGUUUUUGCAUUGCAAUUAGCAAGGAUGCGUAUGGGGCCAACCCCUAUCAAGUAUGACAAUAAUCAACCUAAUUCCCAAGAUCUUUUUCCACCUCCAAGGCUUUACAAGAACCAAGGAUAUCUGAUGGUUUCAUCCAAUGGAGGAUUAAAUCAAAUGAGAUCGGGUAUUUGUGACAUGGUUACAAUAGCAAGGUAUUUGAAUGUCACACUUGUGAUUCCUAAAUUGGACAAAACAUCGUUCUGGAACGAUCACAGUGAGUUCCAAGACAUAUUUGAUAUGAAUUAUUUUAUUCAGUCUUUGAGGGAUGAGGUUCGCAUAGUAAAAAAGUUGCCUCCUCGGCUCAAGAAGAAAGUGGAGAGAGACUCACUCUAUUCCAUGCCUCCUGCUAGUUGGUCUAACAUGUCAUAUUACUACAACAGGGUGCUUCCCCGUUUUAUAAAAUACCAAGUGGUGCAUUUCAGCAAGACCGACAGUAGGCUAGCUAACAAUGGCAUUCCUGAUGAGGUCCAGAAGCUGCGGUGUCGGGUCAAUUAUGAUGCUCUCCGAUUCACUGCUCCGAUCCAGCGGGUGGCUCAAAAGAUUAUGGCCCUUCUCAGGGAAAACGGCCCUUUCGUAGUACUUCAUCUCCGAUACGAAAUGGACAUGCUAGCAUUUUCUGGCUGUACCGAGGGCUGUAACGAGCAGGAGGUAGCAGAACUUACCAAUCUCAGAUAUCGAAUCCCAUGGUGGAAAGAGAAAGAAAUCGAUCCCAAACAGAAAAGAGAAGCGGGGUUGUGCCCUAUGACACCAGAGGAAACAGCACUAACCUUGAGAGCAUUCAAUAUCAAUCCAAACAUCCAAAUAUACAUUGCAGCUGGAGAUAUAUAUGGGGGAGAGAAGAAACUGGCAGGUCUAAGAGCAUUUUAUCCAAAUCUAGUGAAGAAAGAAACGUUACUGGCAAGGACAUCGGAGCUGAAGCCAUUCCAAAAUCAUUCCAAUCAGAUGGCAGCGUUGGACUAUCUGGUUUCCUUGUAUAGUGAUAUUUUCAUGGCCACCUACGGAGGGAACAUGGCCAAAGUGGUGGAGGGGCAUCGGAGAUACUUGGGAUACAAGGUAACCAUCAGUCUGGAUAGAUUAAUGGUGGUGACUCUCAUAGACCAAUACAAGAAUGGAACACUUAGCUGGAAGGAAUUUGCUGAAUCGAUGAAGGCCGCUCAUGCAAAUCGUAUGGGAGGCCCUAUUGAUCGGGUGCGGAUUCCUGGUAGACCAAAAGAAGAGGAUUACUUCUACACCAACCCACAGGAAUGUUUGCCAUAAAUAAUAUGUAAUUAGUUCCAAUUAAUAUAGGA